GGAGGGCCCUACAGAGCAGAGCCCAGGAGGGUAAGGACAAGUGUUAGAGGACUACAUCUUCACCCAGCCCAGAAAGGACUUGUCUCGCCCCUCAGCUGGACCUCACUCCAGCCCUGCGUAGCAGCAGAAGGUGACUUUGCAGAGAACCCCAGGAGGCCUCGAGAGGAGUGAGGAGCAGUACUCACACGGGUCACCCACCCUGCACCAGGAGGCCGCUGCUUUGUCCUACGGAGGAGAGGACCACAAUGCUGGGCCCUCACUUCCCACCGCUACCCCUUGGGCCCAGCGAGGGGAGGCCUGCCCCUUGCCCCUUCCAGAUCCCGGAUGGCAGCUACAGGUGCCUGGCUCUGGAAGCUGAGGAGAGCAGCAGUGAAGAUGGCCUCCAGGGAGAGGGGAGGCUUGUGGAGCUGGAAGAAGAGGCGGCCAGCAGAAGCAGAGCCAGGCAUGGGACUGUGCAGCUAUCCAGAGCCCCAGGCAUAAUCCAGCCAUCCAGCUGUUCCAGGGAGGCACGAGGUGGGUUCCAGCCCAGUGACAGGGCCAGCCACGACUGGGAUGUGGUACAGGCCCGAAAAGUGAUGACAACCAGUGGCAGCACCAGCCCUGGGCCCAGGGUGGCCCAGAAGCCAGCACUGGGCCGGAGCACUAGCUUCACUGAAAAGGAUCUGAAGGAGGCCAAGGCGUGGAGCCAGCAGAUUGCAGCCCAGCUGACCACCCCUCCCAGCUCCAACUCCCGAGGGGUCCAGCUCUUCAACAGGCGCCGGGAGAGGGUGAACGAGUUCACCUUGGAGAGCCGUGGCCAGAGGCCACCAAAGCUCAGCGAAGAGGCCCUCCCAGCAGGGCACCCCUCGAGCCCCACAGGCCAUGCCCCAGGGCUCAGUCUGAGUCCUACCUCUCCAUCCAAGCCAGGCCCUCCAAAGCACCCCAGCCCCCGAAGCCCCAGCAGAGGGAUCCCUGGCCACACCAUGGAGGAGUACUCGGAAGAAGCCAGUCUCCUGCGGCACCUGGAGAAGGUAGCCAGUGAGGAGGAAGAAGUGCCGCUGGUAGUUUAUUUAAAGGAGAAUGCAGCCUUGCUAACGGCUAAUGGGCUACACCUGUCCCAGAGCCGCGAACCCCAACAGCCCCCACCAAACCCUCCAUCAACUGAGGUGCACAGUCCAGCGGCAGAUAUCAACCAGAACCCUUCCGCGCCCAAUGCCACAGUCACCACAGCGGCGUCCAACGGCCACCACAACCAGCCCACCACCGAUGUGAAUCAGAAUCCCCCAGCGACUGUCACCCCUGUCCAACAGAAUUCAUCUGAGGCACAGUGUCCCCCAAAUGGCACACCUGAUUCCAAACCCGGCACUCCCUGUGCCGACGGGCAGCCCCCGGUACCAGCAGAGGAGGUGCGAUCCAGCAUUCUCCUGAUCGAUAAGGUGUCCGCUCCGUCGUCUGCCGCCAGCCCCUUCUCUAGGGAAGCCACUCCCCUCUCCAGCUGUGGGCCGCCACCAGCCGCAGAUCUCAUGUCCAGCUCCCUGCUCAUUGAUAUGCAGCCUAGCAACCUAGUGGCAUCAGCAGAGCAAGAGAUGUCUGGACGGGCAGCUGUCACCACGCCCACUAAGGUGUGCAGCGAAGUACAUCUCACACUAGCCAAGCCCGCCUCGGUGGUCAACAGGACGGCCAGGCCCUUUGGGAUCCAGGCACCAGGGAGUACCAGCCAGAUGGAGUACAGCCCCAUGAUGGGAAGGCGGCAUUUUGGAGAGAAGGCCUGGGCUCCCCCGGCUCCCACCAUGGUGGAUAGGAGUCCCCAGCCGCAAAGGCACAUGAUGUCCCGCAGCCCCAUGGUAGAAAGGAGGCUGGUUGGGCAGCGAAGCCCAGUCCUGGAGAGGCGCCCCUUAGGAAGCUUCACCCCACCCCCCACCUAUACCGAGACUUUGUCAACAGCCCCUGUGGCUUCCCGGGUUAGGUCUCCUCCCUCUUACUCAACUCUGUACCCCAGCUCCGACCCUAAGCUGCCUCACGUGAAGAGCCAGGCAGCCCCUGCCAACAAGACAGGCAUUUUGGAAGAGUCGAUGGCCCGCCGAGGCAGCCGGAAAUCGAUGUUCACUUUCGUGGAGAAGCCCAAGGUUACCCCAAACCCAGACUUGCUGGAUCUAGUGCAGACAGCCGAUGAGAAGCGGAGGCAGAGAGACCACGGGGAGGUGGGCAUGGAAGAAGAGCCCUUUGCCCUGGGAGCUGAGGCCUCCAAUUUCCAGCAGGAGCCAGGAGCUCGGGACAGGGCCAGCCCUGCGGCCGCUGAGGACACCGUGCCUGAGUGGGCCUCCUGCCUCAAGUCACCCCGCAUCCAGGCCAAGCCGAAGCCCAAACCCAACCAGAACCUCUCGGAGGCCUCAGGGAAGGGGGCUGAGCUCUAUGCCCGCCGCCAGUCGCGGAUGGAGAAAUACGUCAUAGAGUCUUCGGGCCAUGCUGAAUUGGCCCGCUGCCCUUCACCUACGAUGUCCCUGCCCUCAUCCUGGAAGUAUUCCACUAAUGCCCCUGGAGGCUUCCGAGUGGCAUCCCUAAGCCCAGCGCGGACUCCGCCUGCCUCCCUCUACCAUGGCUACCUGCCGGAGAACGGGGUCCUGCGCCCAGAGCCUGCCAAGCAGCAGCCGUACCAGAUGAGGCCUUCACUCUACGCUCUGUCUCCUGUCAAGGAACCUGCCAAGGCCUCAUCACGCACCACCUCACCACGCACUCCAUCACGCACCGUCUCACCUCGUGCUGCCUCCCCAGCCAAGCCUAACUCCCUGGACCUGGUGCCCAACCUGCCUAGGGCAGGCCUCCCGCCAUCUCCUGCUCUGCCUCGGCAUUCCCGCUCUUCCCCAGGCCUCUACACGGCCCCCAUCCAGGACAGCCUCCAGCCCACUGCUGUGAGCCCCACCUACAGCAGUGACAUCUCCCCGGUGUCUCCCUCCAGGGCGUGGUCUCCUCGAGCCAAGCAGGCCCCCAGGCCUUCCUUCUCCACCCGGAAUGCUGGAAUUGAGGCCCAGGACCGCCCCGAGAGCCUGCCCACAUCCCCGCCCUGGACGCCGGGCGCUUCCCGGCCCCCCAGCAGCCUGGACGGCUGGGUGAGCCCGGGACCGUGGGAGCCGGGUCGCGGGAGCAGCAUGAGCAGCCCUCCGCCGCUGCCGCCGCCGCCGCCACCCAUGUCCCCCUCGUGGAGCGAGCGCUCGGUCUCCCCGCUGCGCCCGGAGGCUGAUGCGCGGCCCCCGAGCCGCCAGCUGCAAGCGCUCCUGGCGCGCAACAUCAUCAACGCCGCCCGGCGCAAGAGCGCCUCCCCGCGGCCAGCGGCCGCCGAGACCCUGCGGCCCUUUUCCCCGCCGCGGGGACCGCCGCCGCCGCCGCCGUCGCGCAUGCGCUCGCCGCAGCCCGCCCGCCCCGCGGGCACCUUCCGCGGAGCCGCCUUCGCCCCGAUCCCGCGGAGCCCGCUGCCAGUCGGGCCUCCGUCCUGCGCUAGUCCCCGGAGUCCUCAGGCCACGCCGUCCAGGCCUUUUCCCUACCGCCGCUCGCCCACAGACUCCGACGUGUCCCUCGACUCUGAGGACUCCGGGCUUAAGUCGCCCGGCAUCCUCGGCUACAACAUCUGCCCUCGAGGUUGGAAUGGCAGUCUGAGGCUCAAGCGUGGUAGUCUCCCCACCGAGGCCUCCUGCACCACCUAAGGUUUCCCACCCCGGGAGGGCCGAGCCAGAGGAGGCACCAAGCUUGGGGUACCCCCAGCUCCGGGACCUCAAAGGGUCUGACCUCAUUGGACAGCUCCAGAGAAAGGGGUCAGGGAAGGAGAGCUCCGGGCCUGGGGGCCGAGUAGCUUGUGACUCAAACUUGGGCUCUAGCCCUUGGCUCUAUCAUUCAUUUGUGUGACCCUGAGCAAGAGCCUCCUGCCUCUGACCCUCAGAUUUGGCCGAUGCAGUCUCCAGACAUCUUCCCCUUCCAUCCACACGCUUGUGCCUUGGGGAAGGCAGCUAGGCUCCCUGCCCCUGGACCUGCAGCAUGCCAGGCUUCCAUGUUCCUCCCUUACUCUGUCCUCCGUCAGCCUGGCAAAUGAAGUGUGUGUUUUGAAAAGAACCUGGGCCAUGACCCAUGCCCAGGCCCUGGCUUGACCACCAGCUCCUGGCACCAAGUCCUAGGCUAGAACAGCUGUUUUCCAUCUCUUCUCAGACUAGCUCUAUUUUUAUCUGGUGACCUUUAGAGAGAUCUCCCAGGCAAGCUCAAGGUGCCCUGCUGGGCCCCUCUGGGGAGAAGGAGCUGGAAGAUCCUCCCCAGGCUCUGCCAUGCCGCCUUCUCUACCGCAGCUCAGGGUGGCCGGGGUAUCUUAUGGCCAGGGCAGAGCAGUGUUCCCUGGGGCUAUGGGUCUCAGACCUCUGCCCUUCUUGGCCUGUUCAUGGCAAAUUUUGGGUUUUUCAAAGCUGGGGAGAGAAGAGAUGGCAGCCUUACGUGGCUGCCCCCAGUCGGUCUUACCUAUUUGGAAAGAGGUCCUUGUUAACAGAAUAUGUAAGUCAUGGCCAGGAUGCACAGAGGAGACUCCAGUUUUGGAUAGAGUUGGCUCCUGACAUCUGAGGAGUCUCACCCUGGAGUGCAUCCCAUAGUAUGAGAAAGUGGGGAUGAGGGUGGAAGACCACAGGGCCUAGAUUCAGAGACAAAUAAACCUGGGCGGAAGUAAAGAGGUAUGCCAGUAUGGGCCUGUGUUUCUGGCCACCAAGUGAAUGUCUCCUUCCUUCAGUCUCAGGCCUCGGCCUAGUGUCUAUACCAUGCCCAGAAGAGUGGGCACUGUUAUGUUCAUUUUUCUUCACAUCUCACUCUGGCCUAGCUCGUGCCUGUACCCAGUGGCCUUGAGGAGCCUGUCCCCUAAACUUGAGUGACUCUGAUUCCAAUCCCCAAGAAUGACAUUGGGAAGAAUGUAGCUGAGGUCUGUGAUUUUCAUCGUUGGCUGAUGGUACCCCUUGAGGUUCAGAAUAUCAGAAUUCAGAACCUGGGGUACAGGUGCUGGAGUUCAACGAGGUGCAAAUAUAUGUAGGUGAAAAAAAAAACCA